AUGUCUACCAAUAGCAUAAUACAUGAUAAUAUUUCGACACCAAUUGACCCAGAUCCAGCAUUAGUAUCUCAAUCUGCCGUGAAUUCAACAUGUUAUCAAUCAUUUAUUAAUUCUUCAUGUUUUAAAUAUACAAAAAUAAUUAUAAUUGUAAUAUACGCACUUAAUAUUGUUGCAUGGGGUGGAAUGUUAUUUCUCAUAUUAGUAGGUGCAGCAAAUAAGACAAUGUCUGAUGAAGAAACACGUAAAAUUUGGAUUGAGAUUGAUUCUCAAAUUCUUAAUGCACUCUUCUGUGUAACGGGUAUUGGUCUUAUUCCUUGGCGAGUAUGUGAUCUCUAUCAACUUUAUAGUAAAAAACAUCGACAUAAGCUUCUUCAACGUCAUUCAUAUACAACCAAUCUAUUAUGGAUUCAAAUUGUUGUUUGGAGUUUUAUAGCUAAUUCUAUAUUUCAAAUUGGUAUGGCUGUAUGUAUGUGGUCAAUGAAUAUGUAUACAAGACCUGCAUGGUUAGUAGGUAUGUUCGUUGGACUUGGAUGUGUUUCUGGAGCAUUCGCAGGCUUAGUACAAUUUAUAUUAAGAAGAGACACGAAAAAAAAAGCCAAAAUUGAACAUGAUCGUACUAUUAUUUUAAAUAGUUGA